GUAUUCUAUGGUGGAAGGGGCAGUAGUACACUUGGUCUCACACACUCACACAUCCAAAGCACCAUGUCCCGCGCUCCCUUCUGCUUCCCCUCCGACUUCCCUUACGACAUCCAACCCUCCUGGGAGGCCGAAGAGGACUUCUUCGCCGCCCUCAGUCGCCGCCUCACCCACCACCACCUCCCUGUCAACGCCGCGCCCUUUCCUCGCACUAACCACGCUUUCAAGCAGACCCCUUUGCCCAAGCACCGUGCUUCCAACAGAGCGCCUCACUUUGCUCACCAGACUGGGAAUGUCAAAUGCACUCCUCCUUUGCAACACAACAAUCGCCCGCACUUUUCCGGAUCCGCCGGAUCUUCUGUCAAAACAGGGUGUGCUGGAACUGGAGUCUUCUUGCCUCGUCAUUAUCAAACCCCUCCUCACUCCCGCAACAAAACUGGUUCUGCGCCUGUUCUGUUACCGGCUAAGGUUGUUCACGCGCUAAACUUUAACAUGCAUCAGUUCAAUGGGGCUCCUCACCACCGUUUCUUCAAUGCUUUUGCUGCGGAUUAUGAAGCGGCUUUAGCGAGGAGGAACGCGCUUCUCAUGCAGCAGAGGUUAACUUUACUACGGCCAGAAGAAGCAGCUAACUACGAAACUCGCUUGCCACAAGAGUGGACUUACUAAAGACUCUGAUUUCUCCAAGGAAGAUUUCUAUUAGCAAAGUUUGUGCUAGUUUAGGACAUGUGUUUGGGGCUAGUUUAGUUGAAAUAAAACAUCAACUAUAGGGACUACUAAAGAUUGCAGCUUUUGGGGCCAGGUUUUACCGUUUUAGGAAUAGUGAAAGGAUAGCAGAUUUAGAUUAGGCAGGGCUUUUUCCUUUUCUCUUUUUUCUCCCUUUUAAAUUAAUAUUAAUAUUAUUAUUAUUAUUAGUUGUAAUAAUAACAUAAGCGGGUCGUUUUCUUUUGGAAUGGUUAUGGACUUAUGGUGAUGGGAUACCGAUGGGGCUGAACGUUGGCCAAGUUUGAAGCCACAAGUGUCAAGUGUGGGAAAUGAGUCCAUGACCCAUCUAUGCUCUUUUGCCAAAAUCCCAUUCCCUGCUCAU